AUGGACCAGACGUAUGCAGAGAUAGAAAACGCGUACGCACAAAUCACGACACUUUCUCCAAUCAUGACAACUCCGAAAAGUCGUCAUCACAAUUUCCAUCAGAAUCAGUUACGGAAGAGUCGACAUUUGAGAGAACAAUUCGACAGCAGACUUCCGAUUGAAUACCGAUAUCCAAAAAGAAACAGCAUGACGUCAUCUUCGUCUACAAGACAACGAAGUCUGGUGAGCAAAGGUUCUUCGUCUGGAUACUCAUCUUCCGGAAGUACAUCAUCAAUUGCAACUGUUGUCAAUGGACCAAAACCUUAUCGAUCGAAAAGAGAUGAUGUGGAUGAGUUCAGGAAAGAAUCAAUCAGUGAACAACAAAUCACAGAGGAGAAAAUUGAGGUAUUAACAGUGAUAAACAAACAAGAAAUAGUCGAGAAAAACGAGGAUGUUGAAGUGGAGAAAAAGAAUCGAGCGUGUUGUAUCGAAUGUCGAGAGAAAGAAAUUCGACUGGAACUUGAUCUUGCUUCUCAUCAGUAUGCUAAUCUCGAAUCACUCAAACAACCUCAAGACCCGUAUGUGUUCCUCAUGACAACAAUGCUCGGAAAUCUACAGAAAGACGACGGUGGUCGAAAAGUAGCAAAAGUUCAACAGAAAAUCGAGAAAGUGUUGCGACUGAAGCCACGUGAGCCAUUUAAUGUCGAAAACAAACUGACUUACGAUCGACAAAUUUCAACAUUUGCGUCUGAUGUAACAAUUCGUCUUCGAGCAGUCAAUGAAGUGGCACCUGAAACAUAUCGUGAUAUCUCGGCCAGAUUCUGCGAAGCACUUCAUCAUGGAACUCCGAAUUCAAAAAGUCUGAAAAGCAUCGUGAAAGGCGUUAAGAAUCUACUCAACUUCUAA